UUCAGAGCACAAGUCCUCAAUUUAGCACCAUGGCACUGGGAGGGGCCUUCAGCAUCUUUAUGGCUCUCUGUUUGUCUUGCCUGUUCAUCCUGAUUGCUUGGAAGCGGACCAGUAAGGGAGGAAAGCUGCCCCCAGGCCCCACACCAAUACCGUUUUUGGGGAACCUGUUACAAGUCCGAAUUGAUGCCACAUUUCAGUCCUUCCUGAAGCUCCAGAAAAAAUAUGGCUCUGUGUUCACCGUAUACUUUGGUCCAAGGCCAGUGGUUAUCUUAUGUGGACAUGAGGCAGUGAAGGAGGCCCUGGUGGACCAGGCAGAUGACUUCAGUGGCCGUGGUGAAAUGCCAACACUAGAGAAGAACUUCCAAGGUUAUGGUUUAGCUCUGUCCAAUGGAGAACGAUGGAAGAUUCUACGGCUGUUUUCCCUGACUGUCCUUCGAAACUUUGGGAUGGGGAAGCGGAGCAUUGAGGAGCGGAUCCAGGAGGAAGCUGGCUACCUACUGGAGGAACUCCAUAAGGUCAAAGGAGCUCCCAUAAAUCCCACCUUCUACCUGAGCCGCACUGUGUCCAACGUCAUCUGUUCUGUCGUCUUCGGAAAACGCUUCGACUAUGAGGACCAGCGUUUCCAGAGCCUCAUGAAGAUGAUCAAUGAGAGCUUUGUGGAGAUGAGCAUGCCCUGGGCACAGUUAUAUGAUAUGUACUGGGGAGUGUUGCAGUAUUUUCCAGGAAGGCACAACCACCUCUACAACUUGAUAGAAGAGCUUAAGGACUUCAUUGCAUCCAGAGUCAAGAUCAAUGAAGCAUCUUUUGACCCCUCAAACCCUAGGGACUUUAUCGACUGCUUUCUCAUCAAGAUGUACCAGGAUAAAAGUGACCCACACACAGAAUUCAAUCUCAAGAACUUGGUUCUCACCACCCUCAACCUCUUCUUUGCUGGCACGGAAACUGUGAGUUCCACGUUACGAUAUGGAUUCUUGCUGCUGAUGAAGUACCCCGAGGUAGAGGCCAAGAUCCAUGAGGAGAUUAACCAGGUGAUCGGAACACAUCGUACCCCAAGAGUGGAUGACCGGGGCAAAAUGCCCUACACUGAUGCUGUCAUCCAUGAGAUACAGAGACUGACAGAUAUUGUGCCCCUGGGUGUCCCCCAUAAUGUCAUACGGGACACUCAUUUCCGAGGCUACUUUCUACCCAAGGGUACAGAUGUGUAUCCCCUGAUUGGCUCGGUCCUCAAAGAUCCCAAAUACUUCCGCUACCCAGAUGCUUUUUAUCCUCAACACUUCCUGGAUGAACAGGGACGCUUCAAGAAGAAUGAUGCCUUUGUGGUUUUUUCUUCUGGAAAGCGCAUCUGUGUUGGAGAGGCCCUGGCCCGAAUGGAACUCUUCCUUUACUUCACCUCCAUCCUUCAGAGGUUCUCCUUACGUUCUCUGGUGCCUCCUGCUGAUAUUGACAUCGCUCACAAAAUCUCAGGCUUUGGCAACAUCCCCCCAACUUAUGAGCUCUGCUUCAUGGCCCGCUGAGUGUCCACUGGGAGGCCAGACAAGAGUCACCUGAGACCCGAGCUUUGCUGGAGUUCACACACACCCCAUCUCCCUUCAAUCCUCCCUACUUCUCUAAGGAAAGUCUCUCUCACUGUGCUGAGACCACGGGUCAGGAGAGGUGUCUGCAAAAACAUGGCUGGAUGUAUAAAGCAGGGUUCUAGCCACACUCUGGGGGAAAGCCUGAAGAUUUAAUUAAAUUUCCUGAAUUUCUCAACCUUGGUCUCAGUGGGCACCAAACUUAUAUAAUCUUUCAUCUUUGCCCUGAUAUUGACCAGAAUCUACCCCAAAAUUCUUUCCUGUUUGCUUUUAUUUCUCUUCCCCAAUAAAGAACUCAAAGACUGUUGAC